UAACCAAAACUUUUGAGUUACAUAAUAAGUAACUCAAAGAGAGUUCAACCAAACACUUCAACUUCAAAGUUCAAGCAGCCAUGAUCAGUGCGGUUCCAACUGAGACCUUCAGUGUGGAGACUCGGCAGCUCGACAUCGAGGAUUCUAGUCGGGUUCCGAGGGCUGAAUGGGUGCUCAAUUCUCCUGACCCACCAGGUCUAUGCCACGAGCUCCUAGGUUCAAUCAAAGAGACAGUCUUUCCUAACAGAAAGAAGCCAUCUUCAUCCUCCAAGAUGAAGAAUCCAUGGAGAUUUGCUGUGGCUUCAUUCCUGCAGGGUCUAUUUCCCAUCCUCAGCUGGGGAAAGAAUUACAAGGUUUCAACGUUUAAAAGCGAUCUGAUGGCGGGUUUGACACUGGCUAGCCUUAGCAUUCCUCAGAGUAUAGGAUAUGCUAGUUUAGCAAAACUUGAUCCUCAAUAUGGCCUGUACACAAGCGUUGUCCCUCCUCUGAUUUAUGCUCUGAUGGGGAGCUCAAGAGAGCUAGCUAUUGGACCAGUAGCUGUCGUUUCCAUGCUGCUCUCCUCCAUGGUUCAGCAAAUACAAGAUCCUAUGGCUGAUCCCAUUGCCUACAGAAAACUCAUUUUCACAGUGACCUUCUUCGCUGGGACUUUCCAAGCUCUAUUUGGAAUAUUCAGAUUAGGAUUUCUUGUGGAUUUUCUUUCACACGCUGCCAUUGUUGGAUUCAUGGCGGGUGCAGCCAUUAUCAUUGGUCUUCAGCAGCUAAAAGGGCUACUUGGGAUUAGUCACUUCACAGUCAAAACAGAUGUGGUGUCGGUCCUAGAGUCUGUUGUUAGAUCAAUUAACAGUGAAUUGUCCCCUCUGAAUUUCGUCCUUGGUUGUUCAUUCCUGAUCUUCCUCCUAUUUACUAGAUUUCUAGGCCGGAGAAACAAGAACCUCUUCUGGUUGCCUGCUAUCGCUCCUUUGAUAUCAGUAGUGUUAUCCACUUUGAUUGUGUUUUUGACAAAAGCUGAUAAGCACGGAGUUCAGAUUAUAAAACACAUCAAAAGGGGACUAAAUCAAAGUUCAGUUCAUCAAUUACAAUUUAAAGGUCCACAUGUUGGACAAGCAGCAAAAGUUGGACUAGUUUCUGCAAUUAUUGCUCUCACGGAAGCCAUCGCUGUUGGCCGAUCUUUCGCUUCCAUUAGGGGCUAUCACCUGGAUGGGAACCAGGAAAUGGUAGCCAUGGGCUUUAUGAACGUAGCAGGAUCUUUAUCCUCAUGCUACGUGGCAACUGGGUCAUUCUCUAGGACAGCCGUAAAUGUCAGCUCAGGAUGUCAAACAGUAGUGUCAAAUUUAGUGAUGGCCAUUACUGUGCUUCUGUCACUGGAAUUGCUUACUAGGCUCCUGUACUUCACUCCGAUUGCAAUCCUAGCUUCAAUCAUUCUGUCUGCUCUUCCUGGACUUAUUGACAUAAAUGAAGCUUACAAUAUCUGGAAGGUUGACAAAUUAGAUUUCCUUGCAUGUAUUGGUGCAUUUCUUGGGGUCUUGUUUGCAUCAGUGGAGAUUGGCCUUCUGGCUGCGGUAACAAUCUCAUUUGGAAAAAUAUUACUAAAAUCAAUUCGACCCGGCAUAGAAGAACUGGGGAGACUUCCUGGAACAGAUAUCUUCUGUGACAUAAGCCAAUACCCGAUGGCCAUUAAGACUCCGGCCAUCCUGAUAAUCCGCAUCGACUCUUCUUCCAUGUGCUUUGUUAAUGCCAAUUUCAUAAGAGAAAGGAUAUUAGGGUUGAUGAAAGAAGAAGAAGAUAAAAUGACAGAAAAUGCAAAUGGAACUGUGCAAGCAUUAAUCCUUGACAUGUCCAACAUGAUGAACAUUGACACUUCAGGAAUUAUAGCACUAGAGGAACUGCACAGGAAGUUGGUUUCUCAAGGCAAAGAAUUAGCUCUAGCAAACCCAAGGAUGAAAGUGAUUCACAGGCUGAAGGUGGCUAAAUUUGUAGAAAAAGUUGGAAGAGGAUGGGUUUUCCUCACUGUCUGCGAAGCUGUAGAUGCAUGUCUCGGUUCUAAAUCGGUGAAUCUUGACACUUGAUGGCUGCGUUGUGUAUGUUAAGUCGGUAAAUUUUGUAAAAUAUAAUAACCCUCAAGGAAAUCACAGUAGCAGCAGAUGUUGUGACCAUGAACUUUGGCCUUGGAGGAUAAAGAUCAGUGCAUUAUGGAUUUUUAGUUAAAAUUGCCGUUUGAUGAGACUAGUGUUUGAUGAUAAGUAAAAGUUGGAAGAUGUAAUUAAGCUUCA